ACGGUGCUUGGUUUGAAAUCCCGCGGGUGCCUAACGGCUCGCGAAGUGGCAGAACCUGUGCGGAGCCGCUGCUAGGGACUGCUUGCCGCGCUCGGUUCCCGGUGGAGUAGGUCGUGGGCCUCGCCGUCCGGUGACCGGGAGACUUCCAUCAUGAGGAGAAGUGAGGUGAUUGCGGAGGAGUCCAUAUUAUGUCUCCAGAAAGCCCUGACUCACCUUCGGGAAAUAUGGGAAUUGAUUGGGAUUCCUGAGGACCAGCGGUUACAAAGAACUCAGGUUGUGCAUAAGCAUAUCAAGGACCUCCUGGAUAUGAUGAUUGCUGAAGAGGAAAGUCUGAAGGAAAGGCUCAUUAAAAGCAUAGGCAACUGUCAAAAAGAGUUGGCUGUCUUGUGCAGCGAGUUGCAUGUUGAGCCAUUUCAGGAGGAAGGAGAGCCGACCAUCUUGCAGCUGGAAAAAGACUUGCGCACUCAGGUGGAGCUGAUGCGCAAACAGAAAAAGGAGAGGAAACGUGAACUGAAACUACUUACAGAACAGGAUCAAGAACUGUGUGAAGUUCUUUGCAUGCCGCACUAUGACAUUGACAGCGACUCCGUUCCCAGCCUGGAGGAGCUGAACCAGUUCAGAAAACAUUUGGCAACUUUGCGGGAAACAAAGGCAUCUCGGCGUGAGGAGUUUGUCAACAUAAAAAGACAGAUCAUACUGUGCAUGGAAGAAUUAGAUCACACCCCAGACACGAGCUUUGAACGAGAUGUGGUGUGUGAAGAUGAAGAGGCCUUUUGUUUAUCUUUGGAAAAUAUUGCAGCACUACAGAAGUUGCUACAGCAGCUGGAAAUGCGGAAAUCACAAAACGAAGCAGUGUGCGAGGGGCUGCGUGCUCAGAUCCGGGAGCUCUGGGACAGGCUGCAAAUACCAGAAGAAGAGCGAGAAGCUGUGGCCAUGAUUAUGACUGGGUCGAAGGCCAAAGUUAAGAAAGCGCUGCAAUUAGAAGUGGAUCGCUUGGAGGAACUGAAAAUGCAAAACAUGAAGAAAGUGAUUGAGGCGAUACGAGUGGAGCUGGCUAAGUACUGGGACCAGUGUUUCUACAGCCAGGAGCAGAGACAAGCUUUCGCUGCUUACUAUGAUGAGGACUACACAGAAAGUCUGCUCCAGGCCCAUGACGCUGAGGUUGUGCGGUUAAGAAACUACUACGAGGUUCACAAAGAGCUCUUUGACGGCGUGCAGAAGUGGGAAGAGAGCUGGAGGCUUUUCUUAGAGUUUGAGAGAAAAGCAUCAGAUCCAACUCGAUUUACAAAUCGAGGAGGAAAUCUUCUGAAAGAGGAAAAGCAACGAGCCAGGCUCCAGAAAACACUCCCUAAGCUGGAAGAGGAAUUGAAGGCCCAGAUUGAGAUGUGGGAACAGAAGCACUCAGCAGCGUUCGUGGUCAAUGGGCAGAAGUUCAUGGAGUACGUGACUGAGCAGUGGGAGGCACAUCGGUUAGAGAAAGAGCGAGCCAAGCAGGAGAGGCAACUGAAGAACAAGAAGCAGACGGAGACGGAGAUGCUGUAUGGCAGCACCACGCCCAGGACACCCAGCAAGCGGCGCGGAAUGACUCCCACCACCCCGGGCAAAGUGCGCAAGCUGAACACUACCACCAUGUCCAAUGCCACGGCCAACAGUAGCAUCCGGCCUGCCUUUGGGGGGACAGUCUACCGCUCCCCCGUGUCUCGACUUCCACCUUCUGGCAGCAAGCCAAUCCUCACUUCCACCUGUUCAGGGAAGAAAAACCCCCGUGCUGUUCGGCACGGAGCCGACAAGGAGAACCUGGAGCUCAAUGGCAGCUUGCUGAGCGGUGGGUACCCCAGCUCGGCCCCCCUCCAGCGCAACUUCAGCAUUAACUCUGUUGCCAGCACCUACUCUGAGUUUGCGAAGGAUCCGUCCCUCUCUGACAGCUCCACUGUUGGGCUUCAGCGAGAACUUUCAAAGGCCUCCAAAUCUGAUGCUACUUCCCGAAUCCUCAAUUCAACCAACAUCCUUCCCUAAGAAGCCCUGGUCAGUCAGCUAGCUGUGGCUUCCUGGCCUACACUGGACCCCGUUACACAGGGUGGCUUUCCUUGCUCUCAGUGUAGGUGUGCUUGACACCCCGGGCAGGCUCAUUUCCACGGCCUGGCCACAGACGAAAGCCCACCACAGGCCUAGUGGGUCCUUCGACACUUUGUUGGGAGAUCUAGAACUUUGCACAUGUCAGUCCUGGGGCAUAGUUCCCGCUGCACCGUCCUCAGUGGGGCCCCGUCCUUAGCUACUCUACUGGUCACUACGAUUCUCCCAAAAGCACUAUUAUUUAUUCCUGCUCCGCCCGCGCAGUCCUGCUGUCAGAGCACUAAAUGGUUCUAGGAGGCUUCCAGUGUGGCUCGGGCUGCACGGGGGAGCCCUGCUGUUUUAGUCUGUGUAUACGUUGUAAAAUAUAUAUUGUUAACAAUAAAUAAAAAUGUGUGUUGUUAGAUUACAAAAACAAUAGAUUGUGUUUUCAAAAUUUCCCAAAUAAGGUUUUAGUUGCUUUGGUCUGUGGAAAGCAGAAGUUUCUACUUCUACUUAGAAAAUUUUUUUUUUGUAAUACAUAUUGUUUUGUGCAUGUGUAAAUGAAGAACAUCUCUUAAUUUGAUAAAAAGGAUUUAAAAAAAUGUUUUCUGUAUUGAUUUUAGAGAGAGAGAGGGGAAGGGAUUGAGAGAGAGAGAAACAUCACUUUGUUGUUCCACCUGUUUGUGCAUUCUUGUAUGUGCCCCAACUGGGGACUGAACCAGCCACGUUGGUGUAUUGGGAUGAUGCUGCAACCACCUGGACUCCCCGGCCAGGGCUGAUCAGAAAAGGAUUUUGAGAGAAAAAAGCCUAAGUCUUGAUGUAUAAAGGGAUGAGUUAACGUGCGGAAACUUGUAGUUUCAUUGGCAUUUGUCAUAAACGGGACUAGGUUUUAUAGGGUGAAGCUGUGUGGCUUUUUUAUUUUAAAACAAAAGUUUAGGUUUAGUUUUGAUGUUUUUUAUCAUUUGUUUAUUUCAGUUAUACUUGACAUUGAAAACUGUUAGUUACAGGUGUCCAGUAGAAUGGUGAGACAUUUCUGUCGCUUAGGAGGUGCUCCCGGAAGAAGCGCAGUCGUGGCCUGGGAUUGGUGGGGUCUUGCAGAGGCUACACAAGUGGCACAAGCCAGAGCGCUGGGGGCGCACGAGGAAAAAGAACGCAUCACGGUGCAGGGAGGCUUGUCCUGGCAAAGGCAGGCGGGGUCUGGAUUGCUGGUGGGAAUACGAUGUGUGUGUGUGUGUGUGUGUGUGUGUGUGUGUGUGUGUGUACACUUACGCGUGUUGUGGGGGUGAAAGUGUUUAUACUGUUAGGCCUCUCAGUGCGGGCGUAAGUGCACAGAGAGGUACAGUGGCUACCUUGCUGAUAAGAGUGGGGCGUUGUGCAGCAGUAACUGAAGGUGCAGAGGUGAGUGGGAGCCUGUGUAAAUGUGUGUCUGUCAUGUGGUCUGCACGUUCAUUGACUCACCAAGUCAACAGGCAUCUGCUGAACCCGGAGUUCGCCACUCAAGGUCCGCACACCGUCCCUGCCCCCCUGCAGCUCAGACCUGCAGGGGGAGAUGCGACACACAGGAGCGACACGGCGCGGGUAAGUGCUGUCCAGAAACAGCACCUGGUGGGGCGGGAGCUGCUUUAGCUCAGAGGUUAGGGAAGGCGGGUCCGACGCGGUGACGUUCAGUGGCAUGAAAAGGAGCCAGCCCUGCGAAGCGCUGGGGGAGCGUUGGAGGCAGGGGCACAGCAAGCCGGGCUGGAGGGGAAGUGGGCUGGGCAUCAGUGGGCGGAGAGACGGCGGGUGACAGAGCACAGCAGUGAGGAGCACAGGUGAGAUCUGAGGAAGGCGGGGCGAGGUAACCGGGGCCUCGGGCCAUGGUCAGGCUUCCUGUUGCCGUCAGGUAGCAGUGGGACCACUGGGCUUUGAAGCAGCGAGUAAGAUGAUCUGCUCUGUGGUGCUAAAUCAGUAUGGCUUUUGUGUGGAGAACAGACAGGGUCUGGGUGGGGCAGAGUGAAAGCAGAGAAACCGUCUUAGCACGUGCAAAGGCCCAAAGGCAGGGAGGGCGGGCACCGUGCAGGGUCAUUAACGAGUCCUCCUCCAAGGACGCAGCAAGCUGGGCCCGGGAGGAAAAGGGGAAGUUAGGACCAAGGAAGGGUGUGAAGGGGGAGGGAUAUGUUGGUUAUGAAACAAAUGUAAUGAGCACUUUUUUUACUGCCUAUAUUUUUCAAAAGUUUUAUGGUUUCUAGUCUCACAUGGUCUUUAAUGCAUUUUGAGUUCAUCAUAUAUGGUGUAAGAAGUUGGUCUGAUUUCAUUUUCUUGCACGUAUGUUCAAUUUCCCCAACACCAUUUAUUGAAGAGACUCUCUUUACUCCAUUGUAUGUUCUUGUCUCCUUUGUCAUUUAUUAAUUGACCGCAUAGGUGUGGGUUUAUUUCUGGGUUCUGUAUUCUGUUCCAUGGACAUAUGUGUCCGUUUUUAUCCCAGUGCCAUGCUGUUUUCAUUACUGUAGCCUUAUAGUUUGAUUCUAGGUAGCAUGAUACCACCAACUCUGUUCUUUCUCAAGAUUGUUGUGGCUAUUUGGGGUCUUUCGUGGUUCCAUAUAAAUUUUUGGAUUAUUCUAGUUCUGUGAAAAAUGCUGUUUUAUUUUGAUAGAAAGUGCAUUGACUCUCUAGAUUGCUUUGGGUAGGAUGGACAUUUUAAUGAGGUUAAUUCUUCUCGUCCAUGAGCACGGACGGCAUAUGCUUCCGUUUAUUUGUAGCUUCCGUUUCUUCAGUGUCUUAUUUUCCAAGUCUUUUAUCUCCUUGGUUAAUUUAUUCCUAGGUAUUUUUUUAUGCAAAAUGGGAUUGUUUUCUUAGUUUCCCUUUUUAAGAGUUCAUUACUGGUGUAUAAAAUGCAACUGAUUUCUGGGUAUUUGUUGUGUAUCCUGCUGCUUGACUGAAUUCAUUUAUCAGCUCUAGUAAGUUUGGUAGAAUCUUUAGCGUUCUAUAUAUACAGUAUCACGCCCUCUGCAAAUAAUGGUUUUACUUUUUACUUUCCAAUUUGGGUGCCUUUUAUUUCUCCUUCAGAAUGCCUUUAACACAUGCAGUGUUUCUGGGAAGUUGCAAAGGUGUGUCUCUUUCUCUGCAUAGAGACCCAGCGUCAGGCUUCGUUUCUGGGGGCUGGCGUUGUCCUCCCCUGGGCGCCAUGGUCAGCGCACUGACUGCCUCAAACUCCCAGUGGCCCUGGGUGUGCAGCCCAGGUUCUAGGACUAAACGGACUGGUGGUGGGAUCCCCUCUGCCACUUGCUGGCUGUGUGGCCUUAAACAAGGUACUUGGGACCUCCGUUUGCUGACUGAACUCGCACACCGUGCUGUGAAGAUUCACGAGGAACGUGUGCUCAGCCCUUAGCACAGUGCCUGGUAGAUGCUCAGCCCUCCGUUGGCACCACGGUGACCUUCCAUUGGGGUUUGGUUAUGACACUGUAAGUGUCCUUGUGUCUUUUAGUGUUAAGUUCUCAAAUAGAUGAGCAUUUAUUGAUAGAACUACGCUCCUCUAAAAUGAAAGUGCCAACUAUUUCUCAGAGGUUUCUUUGGCUUGGAGGUCCCCAGUUCUGACUGCUGGAUGUCAUGAAUGUGCCAUUUUAGAUGCAAGAUUUCAUUGAUUGUCAUGGGAAAGAGAGAAGUAGGCAUGGAAGGAACCGGCGUCUGUCAGGGCCUGCUCUUUGGGGCUCUUUAUAUUGUAACCUCACUUGAUCUUUGGAACAAAUGAGAAAUUGAGGCUGAGGGAGGUUGAGCUUAAAGUCACACAUAGUUAGGCCUGGCCGGCGUGGCUCAGUGGUUGAGCGUCGGCCUAUGAACUAGGAGGCCACGGUCAAUGCCAGGGCACAUGCCUGGGUUGUGGGCUCGAUCCCAGUGUGGAGUGUGCAGGAGGCAGCCAGUCAGUGAUUCUCUCUCAUCAUUGAUGUUUCUCUCUCUCCCUCUCCCUUCUUCUCUGAAAUCAAUAAAAAUAUAUUUAAAA